CUGCGUUUAAGGUUCAGGGUUUUGGAUUCCGACACGGUGAAGAACAAUGGGAUCCAUUCCUGCUAUCUUCUUCCUCUGCUACACCUGAGAAACCCUGAAACCCUAAUUCUUCAGUAAUUAGUUUCCAAAGCAGUUAAUUUUGGGCGGAAAAUGUGGUCUUCGAGAACUCUCAAGUAUAUUUUCAGGCUAAGACCUGAACCAAUUUCUUCCUCAUCGUCUUCUGCGUAUUCGCUCUCUCGCAUCACCGGAGGUUCUCCAAUUCCGUCGCAGCAGCAACGAUCGAUUACCUCCACGGCGCCGCUUAAUGGAUGGAUGGAUUCGAUCAAAGGUGUUUUUACCGGGAACAAGGAUACUCCUUUAGAAGAAUCAAAUCUACCCGUUGAAGCUUUCACUCUUCUCCGAUUUGCUGAUGAAUUGAAGAAUGCUAGACGGUUAGGGAAAUUCAAGCAGUACAUUGUGGGACGAAGCAGCGAGGCCACUUUUGCUGAUGCAUUUGAGAAACAAGAAGCUGUUAUUAGAUAUCUUGGAGCUCUUGAUGCUACAGGAGAGAAUCUCCAAGCGAGUCAAAAGCAAGAUGCGGCUAAACAUUGCAAAUGCACUAUAACUGAUGUGGAGAAUACGCUGUCCAAAUUUACUUGGGCCAGGCAAGCUCACAAGAAGAUGACAGAGUUGAAAGAAGGAGGCAAACCGUUACCAAAGAAUAUGGGAGAGCUGCAAAAAAUGAUGGGGUCAACACCAAUGGAUCUGGCGAGAUCAAACUUAGCCAAAAGUGGGCAGAUCAGCCGCAAUGCACUUUGUCCCUGUGGUUCCAAAAAGAGAUAUAAAAGAUGUUGCGGAAAGGAUUGAAGAACACAGAAGUUGAUCCAAAGCAUCUAAAGAUACGAGCUUUCUUUUGUUUGACUCUUUUCUUGGCUUCAUUUACUAUUUAAGAUUGUAGUAUUUGUAUUUUUUUAAGGUUAUCCCAUAAUCAGUUCAUCUGAAUACUUUAUUUUUGAAAAAUAGUUCAUAACCUAAGUUAAAGUCACAUGUUUGCUAAGUAUAUCAUUUCGUUGAAAGAAACCCAAUCCAAC